CUGGUGUGGGUGGGGCAGGAAGGUCCCUAGCUAACAGGUUCUCUCUCACUAUACCCCACUCCUGGUGGGUACAAGAUGAGGGGCAGCAGCUCAUGUUCCUGCAGGCCAUCUACCCCGCAUGUCUUGCUGCACAGGACAGAGGGCAAGACAAGCUGGAGCUGCGCUGCUGCAAGGCGGCUGUGGUGGAGAGGAUUGUGGAGCUCAUUGAGGAGCUUCCUAAAGACUCUCCACCCAGCACCAUCCUCGCCAACUCCCUGGUUGCAGUGGCCAACCUCAGCACCAUGAAACCUGCCCUUGAGCCAGACCUAGAGACUCACCUCUUGCAAGCUGCCCUUUGCUGCAUCUUCACCCUGGCCACGGAGAAGGACACCAUCAACAGCCAGCAUGUCAACCUCUGGAUGGUGUCCAGGGUGUCCCAGGAGAGAGCCAGGGCCAUUAGGAGCAGCACGGCCCUGCUCAGAUAUGCAGUCACCUUCCCUGAGUUUGACAUCUCAGCAGAGUUCCCUAGGAUGGGUCACCACGUGGCCCAGCUGGCUCCGUUUGUCAGUGACCCAGACAAGGACAUCAGCCAGCAGGCCAGGGAGGGGACUUACCGCUUGUACCAGCUGCUGCUCCAACAGAGGGAGCUGACCAUACAUGAGGCAGGAGAUCUAUGGUGCCAUGACUGGCCCUGGGACAGCAGGCUCCUGGGCUAUAAGACCACAACCAGGGUAGGGGAGGUAAGGACACUGUGA